AUGGCAUCUGACUCAAACCAACCCGGAUCCGACUCCACCACUCUCGUCAACGGUGAAAUCAAGCCUAAAAUCGCCCUGAUCACCGGUAUAACCGGCCAAGAUGGUUCAUAUCUAACCGAAUUCCUCCUCAACAAAGGCUAUGAAGUUCAUGGCUUGAUCCGCCGAUCCUCCAAUUUCAAUACGCAGCGGAUUAAUCAUAUUUAUAUAGAUCCGCACAAUGCCCAUAAGGCCCGAAUGAAACUCCACUAUGCAGAUCUAAGCGACGCGUCGUCACUCCGUCGCUGGCUCGACACUAUCAGCCCUGAUGAGGUCUAUAACCUCGCAGCCCAAUCCCACGUGGCAGUCUCUUUCGAAAUCCCUGAUUACACAGCGGAUGUCGUCGCCACCGGAGCCCUCCGCCUUCUUGAGGCGGUGAGAUCUCAUAUUGCCGCGACAGGGCGGAGCCAUAUCAAGUAUUACCAAGCGGGUUCUUCAGAAAUGUUUGGAUCUACGCCGCCACCGCAAUCAGAAACCACCCCUUUCCAUCCAAGAUCACCAUACGCCGCGUCAAAAUGCGCGGCGCAUUGGUAUACUGUGAAUUACAGGGAGGCUUAUGGUUUGUAUGCUUGCAAUGGGAUUCUAUUCAAUCAUGAAUCUCCACGUCGCGGAGAGAAUUUCGUAACCCGUAAGAUUACGAGGGCUGUUGGGAGGAUUAAGGUGGGGUUGCAGAGUAAGUUGUUUUUAGGGAAUUUGCAGGCGUCGAGGGAUUGGGGCUUCGCGGGGGAUUAUGUGGAGGCAAUGUGGAUGAUGUUGCAGCAGGAAAAGCCUGAUGAUUAUGUUGUUGCGACGGAGGAGUCGCAUACGGUUGAGGAGUUUUUGGAGGUGGCAUUUGGAUAUGUCGGAUUGAAUUGGAAGGAUCAUGUUGUGAUUGAUAAGAGGUAUUUUAGGCCUGCUGAAGUGGACAAUCUGAAAGGGGAUUCGAGUAAGGCGAGGAAAGUGCUUGGUUGGAAGCCCAAAGUUGGGUUUGAGCAGUUGGUGAAGAUGAUGGUCGAUGAAGAUAUUGAUAUAGCAAAGAGGGAGAAGGUUCUUGUUGAUGCUGGUUAUAUAGAUGCCCAGCAACAGCCUUGA